GCCCGGCAGAGCAAAGAAAUGCCCAGCACCACAACCAUCCCUCCACCUUCCGCCUACGCCUAAAUACCACCUACCCACCAAUUGACCGAUCCGCCAUGCCCGGUCUCCCCGCCAAUGUAAUCAUCAUCCACCCGGACCUGGGCAUCGGCGGCGCCGAGCGCCUCAUCAUCGACGUCGCCCUCGCCCUGCAGUCCCGCGGCCACCGCGUCACCGUCUAUACCUCGCACCGCGACACCUCGCAUUGCUUCGAGGAGGCCCGCGACGGGACCCUCGAUGUGCGCGUGCGCGGGAAUACCGUCUUCCCUGCUCAUUUGGCCGGCCGGUUCCAUGUCUUCAUGGCGAUUAUGAGGCAGUUGCAUCUUACGGCUUCGGUGCUGGGGGAGAUACGUGAGGAGGAGGAGGAGAGGAAAAGGAAAGGAAAGCGGAGUGGGGAUAAAUCAGAUGGGAAGGGCACAACGGAGGAGGAAGAGACGCAGGCUAGAGAUACGAUCUUCAUCGUCGACCAGGUCCCUGCUUGUGUGCCGUUCUUGAAGGUCCUGGGGCCGAGGUAUCAGCUUCCCUCGCAAGCGGAAGCGCAAGCGCAGGGGCAGGGGUCAAGUCUGCAGCGCAUUCUCUUCUACUGUCAUUUUCCGGAUCAAUUGCUUGCGAGGCGCGAUGAGGGCGGUUCGCUUCUCCGCCUCGCCAAAGUGCUCUAUCGGUGUCCGUUCGACUGGUUCGAAGGGUGGGCGCUGAGUGCGUCGGAUCGCGUCGUUGCGAACUCGAGGUUCACGCGCGGUGUGGUCAGCGAUGUGUUCGGGUUGAAGUCGUUGGGCGAUGUUAGGGUUGUUUAUCCGUGUGUUGAUACGGCCGCGGGGGCUGGUGGUGAGGUAGGGGAGAAGGGAGAGGGGGAUGAGAAGCUGUGGGGAGGGAAGAAGAUUCUCUUGAGUAUUAAUCGGUUCGAGAGGAAGAAGGAUAUGGCGUUGGCGGUGCGUGCGUAUCAUGGGCUUGGGGAGAAGAGGAGGGGGACGAGGUUGGUAAUUGCUGGCGGUUACGACAACCGAGUCCAGGAGAAUGUGCAGUAUCAUAAGGAGCUGGAUGAGCUUGCCACGGGUCUGGGGCUGCAGACGGCGACGUCGAAAACGGUCAUUUCGGCCCUGUCUAUUCCUGACUCCAUCGAUGUGCUCUUUCUACUCUCCGUGCCGACCGCAUUCCGUGAUACGCUACUCCUACAGUCGAAGCUGCUCCUUUACACGCCGAUCAACGAGCAUUUCGGCAUUGUCCCCGUGGAGGCGAUGCGCGCUGGAAUCCCCGUCCUGGCAUCGAACACCGGCGGUCCGUUGGAGACGAUCGUCGAGGGCGAAACAGGCUGGCUCCGGGACGCGAAGGUGGACGCCGACUGGACGGCAGUGAUGGACAAGGUUCUGUACGGGAUGGACCAGACGGAACUGGAUCGCAUGUCGGCGGCGGCGAAGAAGCGAGUGGAAAAUGAGUUCUCGCUGACAGCAAUGGGCGAUAGUCUGGAGGAGGAAAUCGGCGAGAUGCUGGGCAGCGAGCGACGGCCGUUUGGCGGCUUCCAGCAGAUCCUGGUCAUUCUGGCGCUGUCGGGCUUUGCGCUCUCGGUGCUUGCGGCGAUGGUUUUGAGAAUUCUCUGAGUAGAUUGUUUAUCUUAUACCCCAUUCUUUAGCAAUUGUCACUUGUCAAUUCUAUCUUGUUC